GCCGAGCGCGCCCGCGGCGCUGCUGGCCGUGGCGGCGCUGCAGCGGCCAGACGGCUCGUGGGUGCCCGAGCUGUUGGCCCGAGCGCUAGGCCUGGAGCCCCGCGACCUGGCAGCCGCCUCCGCGGGCCUGCGGGCAGCUGCCGCCGUCGGGCCGGAGCUCCUGGGCGCGAUCUUCGCCACGUCCCUGGCGAGGCAGGCCGUGGAGAGGGCCGCCGCCAUCGCGGCCGCGCUGCCCUCGCUUGCCGGCGGCGGCAGCGACAGGGACGAGCGGGCGGCGUCUCCCCUCGGGCCCCAGAUGCUGGCGGCUGCGGGCCGCUGGCUGGAGGCGGCCUGGGCGGCCGUCGGCGCGGAGGCGCAGCCGCAGCGGGCUCGCCUCGCCCUGGAGUCCAAGGUGGGCGAGCUGCUCGACCAGCAGCUGCCGCGCCCGGACUGGAGGAGAAGGAGCUGGCGAGGCGGAAGUCCGUGCUCCUCUCCUGCGACCGCUGCGGCGCCUCCUUCAGCGCCGCCGUCGCCCGGUGCCCCGCCUGCCGCCCGCCCAGCCCGCCGGCCGGGCUGGCGCGCCACCGCUCCCCGAGGACAUCCUGCAGCAGUGGUGGGAGUUGCCCCCCGCGCCCGUGGGCGGGGCGGCUCUGCGCUGGAAGGAUUCUGG